AUGAGCGAAGCUCCGCCUGAAAAGUCCGCCGCAUCUUAUAGCUUAACACCGGGCACUCACGCUGAAAAGACUUGUGAUGAGCAGGCAUCACUCCAGACAGCUGUCGUUGACUUCGACGACGAGCUUCCUCACCCAAACCAAUGGCCCAUUGCUCGACGUUGGGCUAUAAUGGCGGUCAUCACCCUCCUUAAUGUGCUGGUUAACAUAUCCACAACGAUCGUGGCCCCAUCGCUAGACAAAAUAUGCGCCGAAUUGGAGAUGGAUCCAAAUAUCGAAGGACCGCUGACAAUAUCCGCAUAUAUACUCAUGCUUGCGCUGGGGCCGCUGCUGCUGGCGCCCUUUAGUGAGCUGUGGGGGCGCGUACCCUUGAUCCAUGCCGGUAACCUGAUGUAUAUGGUAUUCAAUCUUGCCUGCGGGUUUGCGCAGAACAGGGCACAACUACUGGCAUUCCGAAUAUUAUCAGGAUUUGGAAGCGGUGCAAGUCCAGUGGUUGGAAUCGGAAUGGUUAGCGAUCUUUUCUCAGCUGAGCAGCGUGGCAAAGGGCUCGCCGUCAUCAACAUGGCCUUCAUCGUCGCGACCCCAAUCGGUGCCAUCGUGGGCGGCUUCACCAGCUAUUCCUCAUCCUGGCGCUACGACUUCUACGCCACGUCUGCCGCUGCUGGUGUGUUAAUCAUCAUCAGCGCCCUUGUCUUUCGCGAGACCUAUCCCCCUGUCAUUCUUGGGCGCCGGAAGAAACAGCUUCUCAAGAACGAUGCUAAACUACCGUACGAUGACGACCGCCCCAGCCUCGCAGCCCUCUACACCAAGACCAUCAUACGCCCCAUUCAAUUCCUCACUACGCAGCCUAUCGUCCAGCUACUGGCACUCUACGCCGCCAUCAUCUACGGAGCCGCGUAUCUCAUCUUCUCGACUUUCCCGACACUCUGGGAAAAGCACUACGGAGAGCCCAAGGAUGUCGCCUCGCUGCACUUCAUCGCGCCUGGAGUCGGCUACUUCGUUGGCAUUCUGAUCGGCCUCUUCACUGCCGACCGCAUAUACCUCGCCCUCAAGCGACGGAACCACAAUGAAGGACGGCCGGAGUUUCGCCUCCCACUGAUGGCCGUCAGUGCCGUGUGCGUGCCACCCGCACUGUUCUGGUAUGGUUGGACGGCCGAGGUGAAGCUGCAUUGGGCGGUGCCCAAUGUUGCCAUCGUAGUCCUGAUGUGUGGAGGCACCCUCGUCUUCCAAUGUGUGACGGCCUACUUGAUCGAUGCGUUCCCGCUAUAUGCCGCCAGUGCAUCGGGAGCGUCGUUUCUCCUGCGAGGUCUCUGUGCCUUCGGGUUCCCCUUAUUUGGGCCUUCCAUGUACGAGCGCCUCGGCUACGGGUGGGGAAAUAGCCUGCUGGGCUUCCUGACAUUGGCCGUAGCGGUGCCGGUGCCCUUGGUACUAUGGUUUUAUGGGGAGCGGUUGCGGAGAGUCAGCACUUAUUCCAUGUAG